CAUAGCGAUAUUGACACCGUCUACGUCAUGUAUGCGUCAAUUUGCCCCAUUGGGGCCCCUUCGCGCGACCCGGCCGUGAAGAGGAAUCCAUCAAAAAAGGCCGUCCCCAAGUGCCCCACUCCUCCUCCAUCAUCACGAUCAGUGCGCAGAAACGGCAUGUUCCUUACCGGCCCUCCUGCGCCUCCACCACCUUCAUCGCGCUCGGAGCGCCGGAAGGGCAUGAUUUUCACCAACCCUCCUCCGCCUCCACCAGCUUCAUCGCGCUCAGAGCGCCGGAACGGCAUGAUUCUUACCACCAACGAGCUUCCCCCUCAACUCAAGAGUCUCCUGGCUGCCGACUGCCCUCCCGCCCCUCCCUCACCUCCACCGCGACCAUCACGUCGUCAGGGUAUGAUUCUUGACCCCAACGACCUUCCACGGGACCUAAAGGAGCUCAAGUUUGUUGGAGGAAACGCUACUAAACCCGCUUGA